AUGGCAGAGAAGAGUAAAAGCCACAAUGGACACAUCUGUGAAAAAUCUUUCCUGGUAGUCAUCCAGGUUGGCCUGCAUUUUGUGAAGCCAUUUUCUCCAGAGUUUGCAUAUGUGUCAAAGCCCCACCUCGUCUUCAUCCUGGCGGAUGACCAGGGCUUCCGAGACGUGGGCUACCACGGCUCCGAGAUCCGCACGCCCGCGCUGGACCGCCUGGCGGCCGAGGGCGUGAAGCUGGAGAACUACUACGUGCAGCCCAUGUGCACGCCGUCCCGCAGCCAGCUCAUCACCGGCAAGUACCAGAUACACACAGGUCUUCAGCAUUCGAUUAUAAGGCCUACCCAGCCUAACUGCUUACCUCUGGAUAACAUGACACUACCUCAGAAGCUGAAGGAGGUUGGCUACUCAACGCACAUGGUUGGCAAGUGGCACUUGGGAUUUUACCGUAAAGAAUGCAUGCCUACACAGAGAGGAUUUGAUUCCUUUUUUGGAUCACUUUUGGGCAGUGGGGACUAUUAUACUCACUACAAGUGUGAUAGCCCAGGGAUAUGUGGCUAUGACCUGUAUGAAAAUGACAAUGCAGCUUGGGAUCAUGACAAUGGCAUCUACUCAACACAGAUGUACACACAAAAAGUACAACAGAUUUUACAAUCUCAUAAUCCCAAGAAGCCUAUAUUUUUAUAUAUUGCUUAUCAAGCUGUUCACUCCCCAUUACAAGCACCAGGCAAGUAUUUUGAAAAUUACAGAUCAAUAAAUAAUAUAAAUAGGCGGAGAUACGCCGCCAUGCUGGCAUGCUUGGAUGAAGCUGUCCACAAUGUGACCCUGGCUUUAAAGAGAUAUGGUUACUAUGACAAUAGUAUUAUCAUUUACUCUUCAGAUAAUGGUGGGCAGCCAAUGGCUGGAGGAAGUAAUUGGCCCCUCAGAGGAAGCAAAGGGACGUAUUGGGAAGGAGGAAUCCGUGCUGUUGGUUUUGUUCAUAGCCCGCUUCUGAAAAACAAGGGGUCUGUGUGCAAGGAGCUCGUGCACAUAACAGACUGGUUCCCUACCCUGAUCACCUUGGCAGAAGGACAGAUCGAUGAGGAUAUCCAGUUGGACGGCUAUGAUAUAUGGGAGACCAUUAGUGAAGCUACAUUCCAGAUAACAAUGGAAAUGACUCUCAACUUCAGUAAUUCCAUAGUUGAAGCACACAUAAUGGAAUAAUUCCAUGACUGAACUACUAAAUAUCUCAGUAGUGGUAUGGAAAGGUUAAUGACAGAUUUUUCUCAAGCUGAUAAACAUCAUUUAUAUGGAAAAAUAAAAAAAAGGCCCUGACAAUCAGUGAAGUUUACAGUGGGUUGUAAUCAUCGAGCUGUGAAUUUCUUAUGGAGCGCAGCAGAAGAUUAAGCUACCAGAAUAACCCAAAUAUUGGAGGAGAACAAGCUGCUUUAAAUUGCAUUAUUCUGUUCUACAUAAAUGGAAUAUUUUUUUUCUUCCUUCAUUGUGCUAGGCUAUACUUCUUUCUGGUGAAAUCAAAAUGCUGGUAUCCAAAUACACAUGAAAAAACUAGCAUGUGCCUUAUAUUACGUACCAAAGGAUUAGACAGAUAUGGAGUCUUUAAGCACACCACCAAAAUGAAUGUAAUGUUUAAAUACUUAAAUAUAAUUAUCCUGCAGUACCUAAAAAUAAUUUAUUUUUACAGCACAAGUUAGUUAAUUCAUUCAUAUUGAAACAUUUACCAGUGGGUGAUGCAAGUCGCCCUUUUUUGUUUUAUUUUAGCGCUGUCACUAGAAGAGUUUUAUUUAGCUAAUGUAUCCAAAUCUGCAGAGUACUGUAAAACCAGAAAAUACUGUAGACACUGCUAGAAUGCAAAAGACGAAUGAUUCGGGUACAUCUUUUUUCUUUAUGUAUUUGCCUCCAGUUAUUUUGAAUGUAUCAAAGUGAUUAUUUUACUUAGUAGUCACUUGGAGUAUGUUGUUCAGUUUCUUUAUAGAAGCUAGACCACCUAUAUGUGUUUUUUGGGAGGGAAAGUCUACUUUAAACUUUUUUUAUUUAUGUAUCUAUUAAAAUAGUUUAUUUUU